AUGGCCGAUCUACAAUCCGCGGCCUCCAUGGCUCACCCGUCCCCGGCACCAUUUUUCAGAUCUCGAGUUCCAUCCAAAGGAUCAAGAUCGAGACCGUCUUUGCGCCGGCGAGAUUCUUCCCCGCCAUCUUCCUCUCCACCUAGCCUCCUUAUCCCCACAUUCUCCCCGGACGGACAAACAGACGAAGAUGACAUCGACAUUACCGAGGAUUCUUUAUCACCUUUCGACGCGCGCAGGAUCACCCCUACUCUCCAUGCAUCUCUCGUUUCGGAAAUUCUCUCGUUGCGGCGGGAGAUAGAGAGCAAAACCAAGGCCAUUGACGGAUUAGAAGAGAGCUUGGACGAAUCAAGGACGGAAAAUGAAACGUUGACCGCGAGUCUAUCCCAGGCGACCUGGGAAGGUCGCUUGUUGAAACACCAAAUCCAACUUCUGGAAGGCGGGACGUCAUCUGCGAUGACUGAGCUAGCUCGGGAGCGCGAUGAAGCGGUUGAGAAUAUCGGCGACGUUCGUAGAAAGCUUGAGCAGGCACAGAAGAAAGCUCGAAGCCGUGAGGAGGAAGUCGAACGGACCCAGUUACUUUGGAAUCGCGAUCAAGAGUCCUGGGCGAAUGAGCGUCGAACCCUGGAACGCAAGGUUCACGUAGUGGAGGGCCGCCUGAAGACCGUUUUGAAUGAGAUCGCAGCCACCCAGGAAGUGGCGACUAGCCACUCGCGUUCACAGCCGGGUAAGACUGGGGACUUUGUUCCUGACAAGAACAAAGAAAGUGACUCGGCUAGCGUGGCAUCUAGUAGCCUAGGCCGCCGACGCGCGAGCGUGACCAGCGUGAGCUCGGAAGAGGUUGAAGAGGCGGUCAUGUUCCGUAACGCGCGGUACUCGGUUAUUAGUUUUGCGUCUGGAGUCAAGGAUGGUCCAGGAGUGAACCUGGCGGAUGAACUCGAUUUCGAUGAAGAGGUCGAGGACGAGGACGAGGACGAGGACGACGAUGAGGACAAGGGCGAGGAUGAGGACGAGGAUGAGGACGAGAACGAUGUUGAGGGUGAGGACGAGUUUGUUCUAUCUGACGAUGAAGAUGAAUUACCCGCCUCUCCGGGGGCGCUCCCCGAAGAGCGUCCAAUGUCAGUUCACUCACAGGGGUCGCAUAGUAUCUCCGACAAGGCCAGGAAGAUCCUCGGUCUGUCCCUUCAGAGCUCGGACUUACACUCACCCACGGCCAUGGAGUUCCGUACCCGGGAACUCGGGCUUGCUAGCCCAGUGAAACUUGACUCGGCGGUCGAAUACCGCGAUAUCGGCAUCCAAUACUCACCUCCUCCGUCGCCUACGAUAGAAACGAGGGUUGUACACAACAAUCAUCCCGAGUCCACGGAAAUGGCCUCGGAACCCGACAAGGAUGAUGACCUUGAUACGAACAUGUCUGAAACGAUGGACAGCGCCACGCUCCCCGUUGCACCUCAGAUGGUUUCGACUUCUUGUCAGACCGUGGAUGAGCCCCCAAGUCCUCCAGGGAUACCCAAUGCGGCUGAGUCGCCUCAACCUGUUGAAUCCAUCUCCGAGCAGGUGCGAAUGACAUCGGUGUCCACUCAGACCGAUGUCAUUCCGGAAUCAGAUGUUGUCCAAAGCGAGAACCAUAUCAACUUGCCCCCGAACGAUGUCCCAUCACAGAUGGACAUUCCAAUGAUUGCUAUUCAUCCACCAGGCUCAGAGCCGUCCUCACCACGGAACAGUGUCGUUCUUCCACCGCAAACCAAAAACAUCGGUUGUCAGGCCAACUUCCGGGCAAUUGCUGAUUGCCGAUCCGUCGCCAUCCAAACUGAGGAGACCCGUAUUGAUCUACGCCCUGUCAAACUUCCCGCUAGUCUUCUCCCUUCUGCUAUUCAAGAUGCACUACCUCGUUCUGAGCUUCAAGGGCCUAGCCUCGAGCCUUACACUGUGCCCCCUCUUCCGCCACGGUCCGAAAAACGAAAGCAGAGACCUCUAGUAACAGAUCACUCGACAGAUGGUCCCGUGAAGCCUCCUAGAGCAUCCUAUCCAGACCAUGUGCAGGCCUACCCUGGUAACAACGACAAUGGUCCGCUCUCAAAUGAUGCUUUGUCCAAUAUUCGACGACCUCUGCGGUCUAGCAGUCUCUUCGCCGGGUUUGAACACAAUAGCGACGACGAAGGGCCCCAUAACGAACGCGAUGUCUUUACCGAUGAUGAGCUUCUCAACCGCCCAUUUGCCGCAUACACUGUCAGCCGUGGCAAGCUUAUCACUACGAAAUCAAGACCCAGCUUGGAUGACAUGUCUCUCCCCGAAGUCGACGAGCAACUGACUUCCCCGGAGUCAAGACCACCCGAUAUUGGCCGCUCUCGGGUUUCUCAAUGGUCUGGUACAGCUUUCUCAAGUAUUCGCCAGCCCGGCAUACGCAAAAUGACUCUGAUCUCCAGCGGAACUGCCCUGCACCAGAAGCCUCGUGCCCGCAGUCCCAGCGAGCCAAGUCUCGACAGCGGCAGUGCAGGCUCAAGCAUCGCACCACCAUUCCCCGUGCCCAUCCGUCUGAGCUCACGCAAGCUCCCGCUCAACGGCAGCGACGGUCCUCCAAGUCCUACUCACUCAGUCAGCAGACAGUCCCCAGACCGUGGUCGCCACUCUAUUGUCCGGCGCCCAAGUGUCCGCCGAGUGCGAUCUGCUACAGCAAAGUCACAGUCUGGUAUUAUCGAAAGGGCAGAAACUUUCUCGUCCCCCUCACAGUCGAUCUCGACCCUUUCCCCAGAGAGCCCCACAUACCGACCAUACCGACCACCACCGCCGAUGCCGUGUGAUGAUAUCACAGCACCUCAUGAGCGGUGCGGGCCCCCAAAACGCGCCCCCUCGUCUCAAACCAGGAACCGUGAACAGUGUGAAAGAAAAGAUUCCACCGGCGGUGUGCAGCCGACCAGUGUCGUUGAUGCCAUUGCUCAGACCAUGGUUGGCGAGUGGAUGUUUAAAUACGUCCGUCGACGCAAAUCAUUCGGAGUGGGCGAAUCCAAGGAGAACUGGGAGGGCAAGAACCCCGAGGAUGUGUCGGCGAAUAUCACAAACAGUGGUGUACGACAUAGGCGAUGGGUUUGGCUCGCCCCGUACGAGGGCUCCAUUAUGUGGAGUAGUAAACAGCCUACCAGUGGGCCUGCAUUGCUCGGCAAGAGUGGCCGGAAGUUCGCCAUUCAAUCCGUCCUGGACGUCAAAGACGAUAACCCCAUGCCCAAAGGCGCCGGCUCUUCGCCCCCAUUCAACCGCUCCAUCCUGGUGCUGACACCACAGCGCGCUCUAAAAUUUACGGCGCUAACCAUCGAACGACACUACGUCUGGCUAACAGCCCUUUCCUUCCUAAGCCAUUCUUCAAUUGGACUCCAAGAACUAGCAGCCCUACCUCCAGUCCCACAAGAAGAAUCCCCAACCCUACCCCACGUCUCCCUCAACCGAAACCCAAUCCGCGAUUCAAUCCGCGUCGCAAAGGGCCGCCCCCGCCCAAUUCCAAAGGGCAAACGCUCCUUCAACAGCGCCGGCGCUCCAGCCCCAGUCCCCGAAGUCCCAGACGACAGCAUCGACCAAGCAGCUGACGCACCACACGUGCCCCGCUUCUCAACCCACAGCCGCAAACGCAGCAAUACCGCACCCCGCCCAGCUCUCCACGCUCUCCGCAGCUUCUCCAGCGCCGGCACUAUGCCAUCUUUACACAGCGGCACCACGGCCGGCUCCUCGGAGCCACAUUCCUCCGCCAUGCAGCCCCCAGUCCUGUCCCCGAGCAUUGGCAGUCGCCACAGCAGUAUCAGCCUACGGACUUCCGAGACGAGUGGCCGUGCUUCCAGUGUGGCCGGCAGCAACAUGUUCGAUAUAGGCACUGUACGCAUGGAGGCUUUCAUUGAUCACCACGCAGAAGAGAUGAAUCGCCCCCGUGCGCCUCCCCGCCAACGCCAUACCCGCAAGACUUCCAGUCAGUGGAGUGAGAGGCAGUAUGAGUUUGACACGCCUUCUGUUAAUGGCAGCGAAUUCUCAUAUCGACCUGAAGAUCAAUGGCGUGAAUUCUAA